GGGCGGGGCGAUGGAAGGAGGCGUGGCCGGAGGGCGAGACUUGGGCCUGGUUCUGCUGGCCCAGAGCAAUCCGCGGAAAUGAGGCUGUCUCGGUAGUUCUCGGGCAGUAAGGACCGCACAGCGCAGCAGUGGGAAAGAACCUGGAAGUCCCCUCCGCUGCAGUAAUGCGAAACAUUUUUGGUCCAGAAACCGAAAGAAGAAAUAGGAAGUGACGUCGCGGUCAAAACAAGCCGGGGCUUGAGGGCCUGUAGUGAGACUGUGGCCGCUGGUGUAAAGGUCCGGCUCGCUGUUGGCUGUCGAAGGUGAUCGCGAGGCCCUGUGCCCCAACCUGGCCGGCAUCCGACCCCUACUCCCAGGACCCGCCCGCCGCGGGUGAGCCAGUUUCCGCCAGCCGUACCUGAGCCGCACUAGGACUUUUCGGGCAGAGCUGGCGGGUGGCAACAGAGCGGACUUCCCUCCCUGCAACAGUCUUCCCCUGUAGCUGGCUUCUGUCCUGGGACGCCGGGCACCUGUCGCCUAUUUUUUUAAUAUAUAAAUUCCAAGAAUACACUGGAUACCGCUUUUAUAAAACCAAGAGGAUAUUAUGAAGAAAUGUUUUAAUUAUUGAAACUACAGUGAAAUCAUGGCUACAUCAGCAAAUCUGGAUAUUGGAGCCCAGCUGAUAGUGGAAGAGUGUCCCAGCAGUUAUAGUCUAACUGGCAUGCCAGACAUUAAACUAGAACAUCAGCUGGACUCAAAUGCAGAAGAAGGAUCGGCUCAGGGUGUUGCCAUGGGAAUGAAAUUCAUAUUGCCUAACCGAUUCGAUAUGAAUGUGUGUUCUCGAUUUGUGAAGUCUUUAAAUGAAGAGGAUAGUAAAAAUAUUCAAGAUCAGGUUAACUCUGACCUGGAGGUGGCAUCUGUCUUAUUUAAAGCCGAAUGUAAUAUCCAUACAUCUCCUUCUCCGGGAAUUCAAGUAAGGCAUGUCUACACUCCCUCUACAACGAAGCACUUCUCACCUAUAAAACAGUCAACUACUUUAACCAACAAACACAGAGGAAAUGAGGUCUCAACCACACCUCUGUUAGCAAAUUCUUUAUCUGUACACCAGUUGGCUGCUCAGGGAGAGAUGCUCUACCUGGCUACUCGUAUCGAACAAGAAAAUGUUAUCAAUCACACGGAUGAAGAAGGAUUUACUCCUCUGAUGUGGGCUGCAGCACACGGGCAAAUAGCUGUGGUAGAGUUUCUACUUCAGAAUGGUGCUGAUCCCCAGCUUUUAGGAAAAGGUAGAGAAAGUGCACUGUCAUUGGCCUGUAGCAAAGGCUACACAGAUAUCGUCAAAAUGCUGCUUGAUUGUGGAGUUGAUGUCAAUGAAUAUGAUUGGAAUGGAGGCACACCUUUGCUUUAUGCUGUACAUGGAAAUCAUGUGAAAUGCGUAAAAAUGCUCUUAGAAAAUGGAGCUGACCCAACAAUUGAAACCGACUCUGGAUAUAAUUCUAUGGAUUUAGCUGUAGCCCUGGGCUAUCGAAGUGUCCAGCAGGUUAUUGAGUCACACUUGUUGAAGCUGCUUCAAAAUAUCAAGGAAUAGAUGGAGUCAUCAGAAAGCAUUGUCUGCCCUUCCAUUUGCUUUUUGGCUCUUAUAAAUGAUAGUUUUGUUUACUAAUAAGUUUUUACCUCAGUUGCAAUAUUUACUGGUUUUUAGUAAGUUUUAAUAAAUAUUUCUCUGAGUAAUCCACUGGUUUAUAAUAAAAUUAAUGUCGAUGCUUUUUUAUAAAUAUGUUUUAUGGCAUAUUAAAAUUAUAAAUUAAUGUUUUGUGGCAUGUAAAUUUUUAUGGUAUAGAUAAUUAUGUCUUUGUAUCAAGUGCUGUAAUUUAACGUUUUCAAAAAUUAUUCUACCCUAUUCAUCCUCACUCUUGUAUUAACUCAUUGACUUUAUAUAAGGUUUGCUAUAAAUCCAUAGAAAAAAAAUUGUUAUUAUUGAACUAAAAAUGCACAGUGUGAUUGUUUACAAAAUAAUGUUAUAAAUAAAGACAUUUUCUGUUA